GACCCUAGGACUCGCUCGCUCAUCCACACACACAGGCAGAGGGGGGAUACAGGGAGCCCGAGACAAAACCCCUCUCUCCCAUCAUCCAUGCCUUCUCCCCUCCCCCACCAGCACUGCUCAAAAUGACCCUCAUCCCCUCAAAACGGGCCAAACACCCUAAACCCUACUCCGCCACCCUCCUGCCAGUAUGGCAAAACUUUCUAUCCUAAACUUUAUCCCAUAUCCUUAAAAGCCUCCCCCCCCCCAGCAGCCCCAACAAAGAAGCCGGACUCUUCUCCUGCUGCCUCCAUCCCCGCCGCCACCACCGCUUGCUUUUUAACCAAAAUCCCAGGAUUUCAGGGUGAACAAAGAGCACCCCCACUCCCUCUCCUCAACCAUGUUUUUACGAGAGUUCCUCUCAGCUUUGUACAUAAGGAUGCUGAUCACCCUCUGGAAUUUUUGGAUUAUUUCAGCCUUGAGCCUGGAUCCCAUCUACUGGAAUAGCUCCAACAAAAGGUUUCAGGAUGCUGAGGGCUACGUGCUAUAUCCACAGAUCGGGGACCGCCUGGACUUGCUGUGUCCUCGCUCCGAGCCUCGAGGUCCUUUCUCCUCCUCCCCCUAUGAAUAUUAUAAGCUUUACUUGGUGGGCACGGAAGAAGAGGUCGUAAUGUGCUCUGUCCUGCGGACACCCAACCUCCUCCUCACCUGUGAUCGCCCCGGGCAAGACCUCCGCUUCACCAUCAAAUUCCAGGAGUACAGCCCCAACCUGUGGGGUCAUGAGUUCAAAUCCCAUCGGGACUACUACAUCAUCGCCACCUCGGAUGGUACCCUGGAGGGGUUGGAAAAUCUCAGUGGUGGUGUGUGUCAGACCAAAGGCAUGAAGGUCACUUUAAAGGUUGGACAGAAUCCUGAUGGAGGCAACCACCCUCGCAGACCUUCAGGGAAAGAUAAAGAUUCAGGAUUCCUGCCGUCAGUACCAAACCCGGACUCCCCAAACUUUACAGGAGAUACAUCCGGCAAUGCUACGAAGACUGGAGAGAACGGUCCACUUCCCAACUCCCAUGUGCCUCUGGUGGCGGGUGCAGCUGGCGGAGCAUUCCUCCUGCUCCUCGUCUUCGGUGUGGUGGGGUGGGCGUGCCACAAACGUCGCCAAGCCAAGCACAGCGACACCAGACAUCCUCCUCUGUCGUUGGGUUCUAUAACGUCCCCGAAGAGAGGCGGGGGUAACAACAACGGCCACGAGCCCAGUGACAUCAUCAUGCCCCUGCGGCCUUCAGAAGGGGGUGCCUUCUGCCCUCACUAUGAAAAGGUCAGCGGAGACUACGGACACCCCGUCUAUAUUGUACAGGACAUGGCGAGCCAGAGUCCGGCCAAUAUCUAUUACAAAGUAUGAAAAAACCCGCCAUCUAAGGCUUCUUACCCCUAUAGUUUAUUUUUUCUUUUACGUCAAUUAUGGAGGGUGGGGGCUUAUUGUAGGAUAUUUAAAAGGCGGGGUGCAGGACAAUGUGAAAGGGAAGCCCCACGUGCCCCUGCCACCCAGACGCCGUGCCCGUAUUCCCCAUGACGCCAUAUCACGUCCAGUUUAACCCCUGGGGGAAGGUGCGGUGCGAAUAAAUUCAAGCCCCUUGCCACAAGCGCUGAAGUAUAAUGGGUUAUUUGCCUUACCGGCCGAACGCUUCGCGAAAAGGCCGCAAACCGCCAAUUCCUUCACUGGCUCGGGGCUGGGGUCAAUGAGCGCCAGAUUAGCCAUGUACCUUGUACUUUGAUGCCUCGGAGGGCCAGAGACGAGGACAACAAGCGCCGUUCUCUGUUUAGUUUUUGUGUUUUUUGUAAUUUCCAACCCAAAGCCUUAAAAAUAAAAAAUUAAAAAAAUCGCCUUUACCGCCCUCUCCCCCUCUCUUACCGAUGUGUGCUCAAAAGUGAAUUCGCCUUCUGCAAGAUAUGACUUAGACCGAAG